GUUGACAUCACUAGCAGAAGUUAACUUCCGGAUCGGCACCGUCGACGCUCACACUGUACGCGGAAGCGAUCGACGUUGAGGGGUGACUCCUGGAGACCUGAGCCUCUGACUGUUGCCACAGAGCUGCCAGUUAACCAGUUGGACAACCUGCUGAUGGAGCCGAUCCGUAGGCAACGGGUGCUGACUGAGGAGCGGACAUCACCACACGCAAACAUGUCUGGAGCGUGUCAGGACAGACGCAGUCGCUGGCAGGAGAUCCAGAAGGGCCUGCAGUUCAUCCAAUCAACUCUUCCAUUUCCUGGAAGUCAAGAGCAGUAUGAGGUGUUCAUCAAGGACCUGGUGUGGAAUCUUUUCGGUGAAGGAAAUGACGUGUUCAAAGAGGGGGAGUGGACCAAAUCCAUCGAGAUGUACACAGAGGCCUUGAGCAUAGCGGAGUACGCCGACUCUGAAGAAAUCUGUGUCCCAAAUAGUUUACUGGAAAAGCUGUAUGCGAAUCGGGCGGCAGCGUACCUGAAUGUUGUUCCGGGACUGUAUGACCAAGCACUAGAAGACUGUGAAAAGGCUCUCCAUCUUAACGAGGGCAACUACAGAGCACUGUUCAGGAAAGCAAAAUCCUUGAAGGAGCUAGGGAGGCAUCAGGAGGCCUAUGAGACUGUUGCCAAAUGCUCUCUCGCUGUGCCCCAGGAUCCCAGUGUCACACAGCUGACUCAGGACCUUGCCAAAAUUUUGGGAUUGAAAAUCCGUAAAGCUUAUGUGAGGAGCAAGCCUGCCUUGAAUGUUUUGCAAGGAUCAAAUUACCAAGAUGCAUCGUGUGACAAGUUUUCCCAUGGCUCAUCUUCCGUUGAAGAUAUAGAAGUUGAAGUGCCUCAGUUGACCCAGGAAGGCAGCGUUUUGGCUCCGGUCCUGUCUCCCAUCCAAGCUCCAGUGGCAGUGCACCCACCCCUGAAUGAAGCAGUGGUGGAUGAUUUCCCCCCCAACAACAGUAUCUCAUCCGUGACCCCAUCCGAACCCCCGGGCUUCGAGUCCAUUUCCCUCCCCGUGUCCGUGCCCACGACGGCUGGUCUCACCGCACUCACAUUUGUUAACGGGUGCAGAGCCGCUAAAACUUGUCAGAUACUUGAAGCCAGUCAAGAUUUUGACGCAGACAUUAUCGGGGACGACCUAGACGAUCUCCUGGACCAAGCUGGCCCCGAGUCAGGCAUGGUUAUACCCACAGUGAUGGGGCCUCUUCCUCUGCCUACCAGUAUUGCCUCGGGCAGUUCCAUGUCAAAUCCAUUCCUAAUGCCAUCUCACAUCAACCCGUUCCUCCACGGUGGGUCCCAGCAGUGCACCGUGACUUUGCCCCCGCUGUAUCACAAAUCGGGGUCAAGUGCGUAUUUUGGUAUGGACACUUUUGAUGCCAUGCCCCCACAGCUGGACUCGCUGGAUACUCUCACCAUAACAGACUUUAAAGCAGAUUAUGGUCCUAGUCCGUUCAUGCCACAGCUAGACAUUAAGGAAACCCCAAUGGGGAUGGCUGUAGGUAUGCCUGAGGUGAAGGGUCUUCCUGCUCCUGUGGAUUUAGCAAAGAACCCCUUAGCUGAAACACAUGAAUUCAAACAAGCCUGCUCGGUCUGCUACGUCAAAACUGGGCCCGGCGUGUUGGAUUACACACUUCACACCGAAGAGCAUAAAUGCAAAAAGGACGCUUUACUCGGCAGAAUCAAACAUUCAACAGACAAAAUGUGGAAGCUCAUUCGGCCCAGACCAACGAAAACCCUAUACGUUGGACCGUAUUACAUUUGCAAAGAAGUGGCAGUUGGAAAAGAGUGCAUGUACCCUGGUCACUGCACGUUUGCGUACUGCCAGGAAGAGAUUGACGUUUGGACUCUAGAGCGAAAAGGGUUCAUCUCCAGAGAGCUGCUGUUCGAUCCUUUCGGACACAACUCCAACCUCAGGUUGACCGUCCCCAAAAUCUUACAGGAGCAUCACGGGAUAUUCAUGUUUCUCUGUGGAGUGUGCUUCGACCACAAGCCCAGAAUAAUCAGCAAAACCAACAAAGACGACCCUUCGCUUUGCUCCCAUCCAGUGACGAAGCACAUCUUUGAGGAUCAUAAGUGCCUGGUCCACAUUUUGAAGGAGAACACAGUCCGUUAUUCCAAAAUCCGACCCCUGAGUUCCCACUGCCAGCUAGAUCUCUGUCGCCACGAAGUCCGCUACGGCUGCGUGCGAGAGGAUGACUGCUUCUACGCCCACAGCCUCAUCGAGCUGAAGGUCUGGAUGAUGCAGCACGAGCUCGGUAUCACCCAUGAAAAUAUUGUCAAAGAGGCGAAGAAGUUUUGGAAUGCAACAGCUUCAUUGCAGGGAGUCCAGCAGCUUUCCACACAGAGGAGGUUCGGUCCUCCAAAUCUGAAGAUGAUGUUCGUCUGUGGCCAGUGCUGGAGAAACGGCCAACUAAGCGAAGCCGACAAAAACAAGAAGUAUUGCUCAGCCAAGGCAAGACACACAUGGGCUAAAGACAGGCGGGUGGUGCUCGUAAGUUCCCACGAAAGGAAAAAGUGGACGACCGUACGAGCGCUUCCGACCAAAAAGCCGAUCCCGUCUCAAUUUGAGAUUUGCAUGCACGUGACGGCUGGAAAGAAAUGUCAGUACAUUGGGAACUGCACGUUUGCUCACAGUGUAGAAGAGAGAGACCUUUGGACGUAUAUGAAGGAAAACAACAUUCCAGAUAUGGAUCAGCUUUAUGAGCAGUGGCUGCUGUCUCAGAAGCCUGGCUGGGGCGACGAGACCUGCGGUAACUCUGUCAGGGAGAACGGCAAACAGAUCCACAUGCCAACAGACUACGCCGAGGAAGUGGCUGGCAAUCACUGUUGGCUCUGUGGUAAAAACUGCAACAGCGAGAAACAGUGGCAGCAGCACAUCACGUCAGAAAAGCACAAAGACCGGGUCUUCAACUCCGAGGACGACCAGAACUGCUGGCAGUAUCGAUUUCCCACGGGCACUUUCAAAGUUUGUGAGAGGUUCCUCAAAGGCACGUGCACAGAGGACGAAUGCUGUAAACUGGCCCACGGGGAGCAGGAGCUGAAAGAGUGGAUGGAGCGCAGGGAAUUCCUUUUGAUGAAACUUGCCAAAGCCAGAAAAGACCAUCUUAUAGCGCCAAAUGAUAAUGACUUUGGGAAAUACAGUUUUCUGCUUAAAGACAUAAAAUAAUAAUGACGACAAUAACCAUGCUCACGUGAUAACUAUACAGUAUUCAAAACAGUCUUGAGUCAGGUGAUCCUUACAGGGCCCCUGGGGUGCACAGGAGACAACCUGACUGCAGCAUGAUUUUAUUGCGGGUGUUCGGGGCUGGCCUUCUGAUUGGUGGCUGGUUUACUCUGAUCAGAACUACACCAGUGUUACAUUUAAAAGCAAAUACUGAGUGUACGACACUUUGCUAUGCACCUUUCAAUAGAAUCUCUGAAAAUGGUGAUGAAGAGCAUGUGUAAACCUUGAUCAGAGACGUGUUCGAUACCUAAACAGUUGACCUAGACCUUUUUUUCGUUGAUGACCUUUCCUUUUAAAGUUUUUAAGUAUGGGAUACUUAAAUUGAGAAUUCAGUUGAUAUUCUUUUAUUUUAAUCCAUCAACAUAGGUCAUUUUCCAUUUAUCCAAUAGUGUUACCAGUGUAUUGGGCACCACACCAAAUAAAACUUUUUUUUAAAA